AUGGCUACUCAGACUCUCGGAAAUGUGUCUCGUACCUUCCAGAGUAGGGAUUCCUUUUAUUCAGAGGAUGAUGACGCGACUCCUCGCAUGCCUUCCAAAUCAACCUUUGAACCACUCCGUCUCCCCAGCUUUACCAGAACUUUGUCGACUUCCAGCUCGUCAUCGUCCUCGAGCUCUUGCGACUCCUCUUCAGAUGAAUCCGCGGUGUUUACACCAUCGGAUAGCUACGAACGCUCUUCCAAAUACUCUUCGACACAUUCACAGCUCAGAGCUGCGCUCGCCAGUGAUCCUCGCCGCCAGACACGGCCUCGUAUUUCUGCACAUGGAUCGACAUCAUCUGAAGACGAAUUCACUGCAUACACCCGGUUUCCUCAGAAGCAAGCCGCGUCGAAGCCUCAGCCAGGUACUAGGCAGCGAGCUGUGAACAAGUUUGCGAUCAUCGGACGCUCUUCUGUUAUCCUGCCAUCCUACCCUAUUACCUCCAUGCCCUCCAUUUCACGGUCCGACUCGAGCUCGUCAUCGAGUAGCGACGCCGCAACGCCCACCGGGGAGAGGCAGCGAGUCUUCCCCGCCUCUUCUCACUACACCCGCAACCGUAAACAACACACCAACCUCCCAACACUUCGUCCUUCCCACAUCGAAAUUGCCUCACCGCUCGUCUUUGGCAGCGCCACACCUCCCGCGUUCACAACCCCAGGGUCCACACCUCGUGCAGAGCUCGGGGAGUGGAUUUCCGGUACGGCAGAAAUGCAUGUCUUUCAGGUGUUGGCCAAAGUGAACGAGAAGUUGGAUGUGGAAGCGACGUUGAGGAUGAAGUUAGAGGAGGCUGCCAAGGGGAUGAACAGGGAUGUUUGGGAGAGGAGGAUGGCGAGAAGGGGGAGGAAGGCGUUGUGA